GAGAACUAGGCGAAAAAUGACAGGCUGCCCCCUCCCCCCCGGUGUUCCUAUCAGCUGCUAGUUGACCCCGCAAGAAGCUGAAACAGAUAUACCAUGGACCACAGCCCGCCCAAAGACACCCCUGUUCUGCCGGUGAUCCCCCUCUGCCCAAGACCCCUGAAGACACAGCCUGACGUAACCCAGGCCCUGGCGGCGUGUGUGGAUCUAGCCCCCCACCUGCGCCCCUGCUUCGGCCUGCCCAAGACCCUCCUCUUCCGACCAGUUAGCUGCACCGACACGGCCCCUGUCUUGCCUCCCCUGAGCCCCGGGAACCCCCAAGCUCUCGUCGUAGCGUCGGCCGCCGCCGAGCAAGCCGCGGUGCACGGCGACGGCGCGGGCCUGCUGCUCCUCCUCACCGCCUCCCUCCUCACGCAGGCCAGAGACCUGCUGGCCCUGGGGGUGGAGGGGGCGGAGAUCCGGGCCGGGUACCGCCUGGGCUGUGGCAGGGCCCUGGCUCUGCUGGAGCAGCAGGGGGUCUGCGGACGGCUCGGGGAGCCCAGAGACGAGCUGCAGGUCGGGGCCACCCUCGGGCCCUUCCUGUCCGCCUGGCAGCCGGGGUUCGACGUGGCGUUGGGGGUUGCGGCCGCCCGCUGCUGCGUGUACGGCUGGACCCCCGUCACCUCGGGAGAGUGCGGGGAAGUGUGGGAAGGCGUGACCUUUGACCCGAGUACUCUGAGAGUCUGCACGGUGCUGGAUGACUCACGUGAUGAGGCGGUCGGGAAGGAGGAGGAGGAGGAGGAGGAGGACAGAGCCGGACGAGAUGACUACACAGAGUUCGGAGGUGAGGAGCAUCCGGACGUGGAGGACGAAAUAGACAAGAUGGGGGAGGAAGUGAGUCAGGAGACGCAAACCGCAGAGACGGACAGAGAACCGACCACGGAGCCCAGAGGAGAGGAAGAGAAGCCGGCAACGGAUAGAGCAACCCAUAGCAAUAAGAAAAACAAAUACGAUAAAGAUAGCACCGGUCAAGGAGAAGAGGACACUCCAUCACAGCUGGAAAAAAAGAAGACAACGCUUGUGAAAGGCAGGGAGGGGGAGGAAGAGGAUGACGAAGACGUCGAAACCGAGGUGUUUGAUGACUGGGUGGAUCUGGGAGUGGAGAUAUGGGAAGCCGUCUGCGACUCGGCCCGAGAUAAUGGCGUGGUGUGGAGCGAGUACACGACGCAACAAGAGAGACUCGGAGAUGCAACCAGAUUAGAGGCUGCCCGCAGGAACCCACUGUCCAUCAAUAUGCACGCCGGCACCGAGACGGAGCAGACGAUACACGGCUUCUCUAAUGAGCCCACCAUGCACAAGCACAUCACGUCAGCCCACUCGGCCCACUUCAAGGAGCAGAUAAACAGACCUAGGGGGAAUCCAUCCCAGGCCGCCCGUCAGAAACCCUCCUCGACCUCGCUAGACGCUCCGUCUCCCGGGAAGGCGAUCCCAACACUGAGGCACAGCCACGCCUCCUCUGCCCUCCCCGGGCUCCGUCUGCCUCUUCAGGCCAGCGCGGUGGUAGAAGAGCCCAAGGACGGCAGUGCCCGCCCCGGGGUUAGGCUCACCCUCCGCAGCCCAGACGCCUCCCUGCUGGUCAGCGCCCAGGGUGCGGUGCAGGCCUGCCUGAGAGUGUACCGGUCCCUCCUGGCCGAGCCUAGGCUGGUGGCGGGGGCCGGGGUUGCAGAGCUGGCCCUGGCGGUGGGUCUGACUCAACAAGGCCUGGGCCUGGUCGGCAUGGAGCAGCUGGUGGUCCAUGCCUUCGCCCAGGCUCUGCUGCAGCCAGCCAGGGUCCUUGGGGAGAACUCAGGCGACCCGGGGGACCUGGCGGUGCUCCGGCUGUACAGAAGUCACCGGGAGAAGGAGAAAGAAGGCGUCUGGUCUCGGGAGACCCAGCGGUACUCCGGUACUGACUGCCUCCCCAGCCGCACUCAUUCGUCCACUGUCGCGCUCACCACGCCGGGCUGCCACUCCAACUCGGUGGGCGUGGCCGACCUCCACCACCUCCCUGUCCACCCCAUCAUCACCGGGGCAGGGAAACCAGAUGGGGUGGCCCGGCUCACCUCUGACACCCCCUGUAGCGUGAUUGUUUGCGUGACGUGUCCGCGGUCGCGACACCUGCGCUUCGUAGCCACGCCGGCGCUCAAGUCCUGCGGCGGCGGCCGCUACAGAGGCGUGCUGAGAACAAAGAAGUCCAGCCGCGUGACUGGGUGA